AUCUUCAUAGCAAUUCUCUUUCACUCACAGUGAAAAUGGCGCUAUACGAAGCCGAAACUUGAAGUUCUUUGGAAGCUUAUGAGCUUGUCACUUAACGCAAGCAACCCAGCGACUUGAGUGCGGGAUUCGCGCCGAGCCGGUUAUGACGAGCGAUCAUCUAGACAUUCGCCAAGGAUAACGAAACCUUCGUGGGUUCAUUUUAAAGCCGUCUACAAGCAAAGCAGCGAGCGAUGUACGAACUGACAGCACAGGUCACCAGGAGCCUGCUUCCUUUCCCCGCGGUGACUCUUGAGGCUCUGGGAGAGGAUGAGAUCACUCUGGAUUCUGUGCUUCAUGGCAGGUUAACGACUGGCCGUGGAGGACAUGCGUGGCUUGCCUGUGGCCCCCACCUGGAAUUUGUCCAUUCGCUGACUGGAGAGCGUUUGUCUGCAUACUGCUUUAGCGGUGGGGGGGAGCACCCGCCCAGUAUCCUCGCAGUGAGGGACUUCAGCUGGCUCAAAAGGUCGGGAUUGCUGGUGGGCUUGGAAGAAACUGAAGGCAGUGUAUUAUGUCUGUACGACUUGGGACUGUCAAAGGUGGUCAAAGCAAUGAUCAUACCAGGGAGGAUUACAGGAAUUGAACCGUUAGUGAGUUAUGGUGGCGCAAGCACUUCGACACAGCACCUCCACCAGAGUCUUCGCUGGUUCUUUGGCAUUGCCGCUGUAGUAACAGAUCUGGGACAUGUUCUGCUGGUGGACCUCUGUUUGGAUGAUCUGUCCUGCAACCAGAGUGAGCUGGAAGCCUCAGAUUUGCAAGUAGUGACCAAAUCUCCAGGAGCAAUACCCAGACUCAGAGAAGUGAGCAGCAGAGAGGGAAGACAUAUUUGCCUCCAGCUCAGUGGGCCCAGUGGUGUUGCAGCCACAGCUCUGCAAUACAUCCCCAGAACAAACCAACUGGCAGUGGGCUUCUCAGAUGGCUAUUUGCAGCUUUGGAACUUGAAGUCUCUCAGAAAAGAAUACCACUCUCAGUUGGAUGGUGGCAGGGUGCCUGUGCAUGCCUUCACCUUUCAGGAGCCUGAAAAUGACCCAAGGAACUGCUGCUACCUCUGGGCUGUCCAGUCUACUCAGGAUCAAGAGGGAGAUAUGGUCACUCUCCGACUGCUUCAGCUGGCCUUCAGUGAGCGGAAGUGUCUAGCCUCAGGGAAGAUCCAUUAUGAGGGUCUAGAGUACUGCGAGGAGCGUUACAGUCAGGAGCUAAGUGGUGCAGCUUUCCCUCUCGGGGUGCAGACCACCAACACCCGCCUGCUGAGCUGCCAGACAAUCGAGAAAUUCCGACCCCACCCAGACCGGGAUGACAGCAUGAAUGAAGCUGCAUCCCCAGAUACCAGCGUUUCUAUCUUCAGCUGGCAAGUCAAGACCUAUGGCCAAGGAAUGCCAUCCACCUACAUUGGGGUUUUUGACAUCAACCGAUGGUACCAUGCACAGAUGCCAGACUCAUUGAGAACGGGUGAGUCUCUGCAGAACUGUCCCUACUUUGCGGUGUGGUGUCUGGACCAAGUGAUGCAAAUGGCUUCUCCACGCACCCUGCUGGAUGUGAUGAUACAGGAUCACAGUCUCAGCCGAAGCCUGCCCUUAACUUUUCCACCACCAGAACAGUACUUUAAUCCAACCGCAUAUAACUUUGAUGCUAUUUGCUUAUUCAACUCUGGAAUUGUGCAUUCAACCUGUUCUGGAUACCAGAAAGAGACCUUGAGCUUUUUGAAGAAAGCGGUUCCUUGUUCCAGUGACGCCAUCUCCAGCUGCUACUUGCGUUGCCUCAUGUCUGGCCUUUUGUCGUCUCGCCUGGCUGACGCACACAACUCCAGCCCCUCUCAGGAGGACCAGCUGGAUGCUAUCCUGUCAACUGCCGUAGAGACCACGUCUUUGGGACUGAUCACUGGUUGUAUCAAACAAUGGACUGCGGAGGAACAACCAGGCUCUGCAUUAAAUCUGCGCUACAUCUUGGAUUGGGCUUGGAACAAAGUGAUCCAGACCAAGGAGGAACUGGAUGGCAUCUGUGCACCGCUCUUUGACAGCUCAUCCAACUUCACAGACCCUCAGACCAUGCAGCUGCUGCAGCACAGCCACAGACUGCUGGCGAACCUCAGUACCAUCUUCCACUGUCUGCUCACUGAGGCCCAGGAGCUCACUGAGAAAGGUCUAGUUGGUCUUAUCAACAAAAACAUGGUGUCCAGUCUGAUUUCCAAGUAUGCCCAAGUCGUCCUCUGGUUCUGUCGCACUGGUCUGCUGCCCGAAGGAUCAGAUGUGGAUGCCAUGAAGAUCUCCAGGCCUUUCUACAGUCACUCAGUCAUCAACAACUACUACUCUGUUCGCAGGGAGGAGCUCACCACAAUGGCAAAGGGCAAGUGGUGUGCAGAUUGCCUGAUGAUUGACAGUUUGGUCGACCAAUGUGGAGAAGGUUUAAUCAGCCUGUGGAAAAGAGAUGAUGGUGGAACAGGACAGUACCCACCGCCCACCCUUCAUGCUUUGCUAGAUAUGUAUCUUCUGGAAAACGUUGAUGAAGCUUCAAAACAUGCAAUUGUGAUCUACUUGUUGCUAGAUGUUAUGUACUCCUUCCCCAAUAAGGAGGGAGCUUCAGUGAAGUCUUUCCCCAGUGCUUUUGCCAUCCCCAUUGGACUGGUCAAACUGGUCCAAGGCCUCUGGCUGUUGGAUCAUCGUGACCAUCAGAGUUCAUUUGAGCUGCUCCUCCACCCAGCCGCCUCUCAGUGUCACUUUAAGUGGCAGCAUGAGCGUGUCCUGCAAGCCUUGAUGUGCCAGGGCCAGCACUCACUGGCAUUGCGUUACUUUCAUGUCGCAAAACCGCCGAUAUCCUCCACCUCCCAUGCCAGGCUGUGCCUCUCUGUACUGCUACACAACAGGUGUCUCACUGAGGCGAGGUCAUUGCUACAGCAACACUCAAAUCAUCUCAAUGCAUCCGAGCUGCUGGGAUUCAUGUACGAGAGGUGCCAGGAGCUGGGCCUCAUUAAAGAUCUGCUCAAGCUGCCUUUGGGCCACACUGAACAGGAAACUUUGGAGAAGUUUCUUCAAACCACAGGUGGUCUGGACAACAGAGAAAUACUCAUGGUUCAUUACCUUCAGCAGUCCAACUACAUACCUGCCCUGCGACUCAACCACAGCCUCAAAAUGCACCCAGUGAAUGAGCGAGACCCAAAAAUUAAAGAGCGUUCCAACAUCCGCAACUGUAUUUUGGAUCAGUAUGGCAAAGUUCUUCCCACAGUGCAGAGGAAACUGGCAAUGGAGAGAGCCAAACCCUACCAACAUCCUAGCAUCACCCACAAAGAAGUGACUCGUCCACAGCCUCUGUCAGCCAUCACCAAGCGUUCCGCUAAUGAGAAGGUGAUGUCGAGGGCAGGCUUUAUCUACAGUGUUCUCAACAAGAUUGAAGAGGUGUGGUUGGGCAAAGGAGAUACGCCGCAGUCCUCCCCCACUAUGAGUCCAAGGACAGCUGGAUUCUCGAGUCCUGGGCUCCAGGCUGCAUCCCUGACCCAACCAGAGCCAUUCCUGGGAACACCAAUUACAAUGAGCUCUAAACGAAAGUCAAGGCUAAUAGACGCCUGGCAAAUGACUCAGCCUCUACUAAGUCCAGCCAGACCGUCGAGCAUCUGUGUCUUUCCAAAAAGCACCACGAAAGCCCCUGAAUUCAGCCUGUUACAAACGCCGCAGGUUGUCAAGCGAGCUCGUGCCUUGGCUGCUUCCGGGUCUGUUUUCACAGCCUUUACCCCUCAGUCCAUCCUACGUAGCAGCCUGAGGCCGACUCCUGUGGCCACGCCCUCUGCGUCUCCCAGGCGUUCCAUCACACCUCCACUCCGCAUCAAAGAGAGUCGCAUCACCUUUAGUGAAUUGGCAGAAUCUCCUGAAGUCCAAACAGACAUCCACUUGACCAAUGGGGUGGCAGCAGAUGGUGAGAUUAGCUUACUAACAACUGAAGCCAGGCCAUCCAAUACACGUAAAACCCGGUCCUCGCAACUUGCUGAUGAGGAAGCUGAGCAGCUCCACGUAAAGUUUAUGCCUCCCGAAGGUGGCAUUCCAUCACCACAGUUGAGAUGCUCUGCGAGGCAGUCCUUCUUUACAGAAGCAACCAAGCCAUCAAACAUGACUCAACUUAUUUUGAGCUUUGACACUAGCCAGACAUCCUUUCGGUCGACAGACACCACUCUGGAGUACUAUGAUGCUCCUCUCGCAGACGAUCAACAAGAAGAAAAAGAUAAUAUAUUUACAGAGAAGGCAGAUGAUGUGACCAUGAACAUCAAGUUCCCAACUGAUGAAGCAGAACCACAGCAGAACUCUUUACCAACCUCUGAGCCUGCCCCUAUCCUGGUGUCAAAUGAUGCCGAGUGUGAAGACCAGGAGCUGAUGGAAGAUCAGACAUUUGACGAAGCAGCACAGUAUAAAACAAACAAACCAGAUGAUGAAUCAAGCUGCAAGCAAGAAUAUGCUGCACUUAUUGACCAAGAGGAAACAUCCAGUCAUGGUGAUCAUCUGUCCCCAGAGAAACAAUCUCUGUCACUAAUCACUGAGGAGAACCCAGUCCAGUCAGAGGUCAUGGAAUCCACAGCCCACAUUACAAAGAGAAACACAUACGGAGACGCUGAUUCCACAGCGUCCACACAUCACCUGAACGCAUGUGAAGACACUGAAGCUGCCAACUUCAUUGAGCACAUGAAUGCAUGUGGGGACACUGAAUCCCCAACCACAUUCACUGAGAAUGUGAACGUAUGUGGUGACAUAGAGUCCAAACUUGUACCAGCUGAGAACAUAGAGCAAUCUCCAGAUCUGACCGAGUUUGUGCAGCGACAUUUGUUUGGCAGCGACCUCUGGUCCAGAGUCCAUGACUUAUCACCACCAACACCCAGCACUGACGUGCCAGGUGAUAUCGAAGAGGGCGAUGAGACUGCGCCUGAAGGUCCAUGUGAGCUCACCAGCCAAAAAUCUACGGUCUCAGUCACAUUAUCAGGACCAACUGGCACGCACUCCCACGGUGAAGAAGAUCUGACUGACUUUGUACAGCGACAUUUGUUUGGUGCCGACCAAUCUCCUCCUCUGACCCGCUCUGGAAUUCAUCACACACCCCAAACAACCCUCAGCAUUGAAGUGCAAGGUGAUGUCGAAACGGAUGAUGAAUCUGCUGUUGCAGCUCCACCCUUGUUCACCAGCCAAAAAUCCACCAGCUCUGUGACGUCCUCGGAGCCAACUGGCACAGACUCACACUCUGUUAUGAGUGUGAACGAGGACAGCGAAGAAAUUUCCAUCUCAGAGUCUGAAGAGGAGGAGGAGGAAGAAGAUGGGGUGGAAGAGGAAUCUGAUGAGGGUAAUGAGGAGGAGAACUCGGGCAGUGAGGUGGAAAUCAUUGAGGAGGUCCAGGGUAACGGAAGCCUCCCAGCCAGCUCGGUCUUAGUACAGCAGGAACACGAUCACUUCUUACCAGCUUUAUCAGAGCAGGAUGAUGCAGCGUUUUCUCUCAUAACACCAGGAGUGGAAAUGAAGGUGGUCGGAGAGGAGAUGGGAGGCGAGGUGUUGAUGGUGAGACUCGGUGCUAAUACCGGAGCGAUGGAAGCGCUGGAGGAUGAAGGUCAGGGGUCAUCUUACAUGGAUCUUAAACCUUCAACCACUCUCCUGGUUCCUCUUGAGCUCAUGGACGGACAACAGGACGCGGUCGACAGCGUCCCAUUUGGACUGCCUGAGAUUCAUCAAACCGCUGUGACGGAUGACCAAACUCACAGCGAUUUCUCGCUAAUGUUGGAUGUGGAAGAGGACCAGGUUAAAGACACACCUCUGUCGCCAAUGGACGACAAUCAGCGGUCAUCAAAACCGUCUUCUCCUGAGUCCAUAUUGGCUUCUGAUGGCCUUGUGACAGAAGCAGAGAUUGUGAACCAGGAGACUAUCAGGUUUGAUAAUGGAACACAAGAAGAUGACGGAAUGGAAAUUGAACCUUUGGUUGACAAUGAAAUCAAUGGACAAACGGACCUACUGAACAGUCACAUCGAUGAAGAGCACAACAUGGAAGAGCCUCAAGAACAAAUAGAAGAUCUUGAACCUACUACAUUGCCAGACUCUGGGUCUCCUUUAGAGAAGGAACCUACAGAAGCUUUGGAGACAAAGGAUAAUGAAGAUUCUGUUGCCGCAAAAGACGCAGAGGAGAUGGAGGAAAAUGAGGGCAAAGCUGAAACCGUGCAGGAAGACCUUCAUACUACAAGUCAUGUAGAUACCCCUAACUCUUUGGAGGAACAGCAGCAGGUAGUUGACCACACAUCUUUAGAAACUGAACCGGAUAUCAGGCCUGAAAGUCCAAGCGAGACCACAACUACUAGUGAAACCAGAGUUGAAGAUGUGCAGCAAAAUACAAGUUCAACCACCAAACCUGAAGAACAGCUUAGAGUCCCAGAAACACGAAAUUAUCGGAAGAACAAGACAACCGAGUUCACCCCAACACGGAUGUCAACACGAGCGAGAAGAACUGUCACCUUCAUCUCCCCCCUCCCAGAGGAACCAGAGACAGACGAGAACAAAGUAGCUGUCCCUGCAUCGCCCAGUCGUACACCUAGAAAAACUAAAGGAACCAAAGUCCGAGCCGACACACCUCGGAGAAGCACACGCAAAGCUUCAACUGAAAUUCCUGAAGUCCAUGAGGAAAGUCCUGAGGUCAAUCAGGAGAAAGAUGUGGAUGAUGCCACUGUAGCGUCAAGUACCUCCUCUGCCGUUUCUCCUUCCAGACGACGGGCUUCUCAAAGAGACGCUCCUUCAAGAAUCAAACAAAUGAAUGAAAGCAAAGAACCUGACACCAUAAAGGAGGCGGAACAAGCAGAAGAAGUCAUGGAUGAAACACUUGCUCCGGGACCAACCACCAGGCAUUCUACCCCGGCCAAACGCAGGACCGCUCAGGCAUCCACUCCAAGGAGGUCUAGCCGCAGAAACCUGAACAAAAGUGAGGUGGCGCCACCGACUUUAGAGGUUUUAAAAGAGGAGGAGAAAGAGGAGGAAGUUUCUUCCCCGAGUAUCAAACACAGCACCAGAAAGACCAAAGUAAAAGCGUCGAAAGAGUACGACAACAGAAAUUCAAGCUCAAGUCGAACGACACGUCAAUCAAGCCGCACGACUCUGAAUGCGUAUCCACAGAGUGCAACAAAGAUGGAAGCGAGCAUCAGCGGAAACGUUGAUGAUGUGCACGAGCCCACGAUGAACAGCACCGUGGCUCACACAAGCCUGCGACGGACAACCAGGGGGCAACUGUGGGACCACCCGGAAGAAGACCUCUUCCUACUGGCUUCGCCUCUAGAGGUGGAUUCCGAAACUCCCAUAGCAGACGCUCUGAUCAAGAGGCUCCGGGAUGAGGAGGAGAAGCGGGAAGGAGGGGUUGUCAGAAGGAUGUUGAGGACAAGAAGUACCAAAUCAACAGAGUUGGCGGCAGAACCUGCAGACGACAUCGGCCCAGGAGAGCUUUACUACUCCCCCUCACGGAGGAGAACGAGAGCCAGCAGAGCAGAGUCUCCAGGCCCCAGUGAAGAGUUUCCAGUGGCCGCCUCUCGCAACAGGGGAAGAAAUGCCAAAAGUGUCUCAAAGGAUGAAUUAACUUCAGAAGAAGAGGGGAAAUCAGCCACUAACACUAGAAGAACUGGAAAACGAACGGCUAAAUCCAAAAAUGUCUUGCAGCCGGCCCCCGUAUUCACAGCUGAAGUGAUCUCACCGCUGCCCAGUCCGGCAGAUCAAGUCCCACGAGCACAGAAGAGGAUCAAGGAAGCGGACGCUCCAACCUCAAGCAUAAACCUCCGACGUAAACGCAUAAUGGAAAGGGUCUUCACCAAGCCUGUCACCAGGAGGAAGAACAUCUGAUUGGAUGGAAGUGGAAUACCAGAGCUCGUUCUCUGGUGGAUCAGCAGAACAAAAAUUUUAGAGGCUCCCUUAAAAGAACCAGAGAAGAAAGUAAUCUUGCUUCUUAGUACAGAGGCUUUAUUUACAUUCUCUUUUUAAGUUUGUGUGUUCCUAAUUUUAACAUUUUGGAAAAGCGAUGAUUAAGCAACUAAUAUUUCUAACAAAGUGUAAAUAAUUAUUUUUUGUUUCUUUGUUUCAAAUAAAUAAAUUCAUUUAGAGGUUUUGUGGCUCAUGCUGAUCACUGCUCUGGUCUUAAAGGUUUUGAUGGAUUGGGGGGGGGCACAUGAUGAUGUUGACCAGUGUCAAGAUGUUUACUCUAAAUAUUGUACAGGAAAAACACACUUUGGAUUUGUUUGACUUGUUUUGGAACACAUGAAGCGUGUUGGUGAUAUGGCUGAAUACAUAGGCUAUUUUCUGAUGAAUGUCUUAUUUUUUGAUGACUGCUCUUUGAUAAAUACAGUAAAGAUUGAAUCAUA